UUUAGGGUUCAUAUGUCUAUGGCGCUAGCGGUGAGGAGGCUCUCGAGACUUAGACACUUCUCGACGCAGGUAAGUCUUCGCAGCAAUCCAGACGCUCGCGAUCACGGCCCUACGGCUGGGAAAUAUCGUGGCGAUCGUGGGAGUUCUAGCACGAAGAGCUCUGUUGAUGCGCAAGAAUCCGCCAAAUUCGCUGCUCUUUCUGGAACAUGGUGGGACGAGCUUGGACCGUUUAAACCUUUGCACGCCAUGAAUCCCGUGAGGCUCUUGUUCCUUCGCUCGGGGAUGUGCCGGCAUUUUAAGAAGGAUCCCAUUUCUCCGAGGCCUUUGGAUGGCUUGACGAUCUUAGAUGUAGGAUGUGGUGGCGGGCUUCUGUGCGAACCUUUAGCACGAAUGGGUGCUCACGUGACUGGAAUCGACGCCGUGGAAGAGAACAUCGAAGUUGCAAAGCUACACGCCGCAAAGGAUCCUUUGACUGCUACGAUUUUGUACCAGCAUACCACAGCAGAGCAGCUCGUACAGGAGAAGCAGCAAUUUGAUAUUGUCGCCGCUCUUGAGGUCAUAGAGCAUGUCCCUGAUCCAAUGGACUUCCUCCAGUCCCUGUCGUUGCUGACCAAGCAGGAUGGUGCCGUAGUUAUUUCCACGCUCAAUCGAUCACCUACAUCAUAUAGCCUUGCAAUUUUCGCAGCGGAAUACAUACUGGGCUGGCUCCCGAAAGGGACCCAUGAUUGGUCUAAGUUUCUGACCCCAGAGGAGGUUGCGUUACUUAUGGAACGUGCGUCGCUAACUGUACGAGCUCUGCUCGAGGAGAUGACAGGCAUGUUCUACGACCCGCUGAAGCAAACCUGGCGUUUAGCCGAUGAUUUGAGCGUCAAUUACAUAGCCUGGGCUGCCAAGCGAGGAGAAUGAUCGAUGGAGCCGACGCGCCGCUCGUUUGCGACGCCUUGCUGUUUUGAACAAACUGGAAACACAUAGUUCGAGAGAAAAAGUCAAAAAGAAAUUACUCCGGGACGCGGAAAAAGCCGAAUGCUUGACAUAUGAGUGGCCAACAAAGACUACAGAUCUGUCGGGGGAAACUUUGAGUCACCAGUAGCAGGAAACGUGGCUUUAGGUGGAACUCUACUGUUAAAAGCGCGCGCACGCAGGACAUCAUGCUACCCAUUGGUAGAAGUGGCGGAAGUUGGCAUCGCUUUUGACGGAUCUGGUGGGGUUGAGAAAAAGGUUCCCGCUCUUAAACAGGUGAAAGUAUCGAGAAUUCGCUGGUGGGAUAUUGAGCUUGGACAUUAGUGCAGCCUGGAUUUUUUGUUCCAGGCAGAUCUUCGGGGGCUUGGAAAAUGGUGGAGCAGUCUAGAAAAAGUAACAGGGGGGGAAAAAGCUUGUGAAGCAAAACAGGAGAUUUGUGUCAGGAAUGGAAGUAUGCCCCGUGUGCAUGCACGUAGAA